CUUCGAUUUCUCCUCAACACAGCGGCUAACAGAGGACUAAGAAGACUACGACUAAUCUCUCCUUCAGAUUCAAAGACUAUUCUAUUCACAAGGGGUUAGGCAUAGCGACAGUUGUAUCGGUUGCUGUUACUGGUUUUUGUCACCUUUUUUUGUCUCCCAUCCAUACAGAUCGUACAUCACCUAUACAUUACCUCAGCGCAUCACAGCACAACAGAUCUUCAACAAUGCCUGUCUAUACAGUUUCACAUGUACAGAACAUUAGAAUCUGUGUGAUCAUGGUUGGACUACCAGCCAGGGGGAAGUCGUUCAUCUCGCAAAAGAUUGUGAGAUACCUAUCGUGGCUCUCGAUAAAGGCCAAAUGCUUCAACGUUGGUAACUAUCGCCGUCAGGCGGCUUCCCAUCCGACGGCUGAUUUCUUUGAUUCGCAAAACGAGGAUGGGUUGAAAAUUAGAGAGGAGGCGGCCACCGCUGCGGUUAACGAUAUGAUGAAAUGGUUCAACUCUGAGGAUGGUGUUGUUGCCAUACUCGAUGCUACAAACACUACCAGGCAGAGAAGGGACUGGCUACUGAGACUAUGUAGGGAGAACUCGAUCGAGCCAAUGUUCUUGGAGAGCUGGUGCAAUGAUGAAAAGAUCAUCAUGAAGAACAUUGUCGAUGUGAAGACAACCUCUCCUGACUACGAAGGUUUGGACCCGGACACCGCCGCAUCGGACUUCAUGAAACGUAUCGACAAGUACCAGGAGAUUUAUGAACCUUUGACCAUUGAACAGGAUGGUGACCUUACGUUUGUCAAGUUGAUCAACGUUAGCGAUCAGGUCAUCAUCAACAGAAUCGAAACUUACCUUGAGAGCAGAAUCGUCUACUAUGUUAUGAACUUACAUAUCAGACCAAGGUGUAUAUACCUUUCGAGACAUGGUGAGUCCAUGUAUAACCUGGAGGGUAAGAUUGGAGGAGAUGCUGAUCUUAGUGAACGUGGUUUUAAGUAUGCUCAGAAGUUGCCAGAGUUGGUGAAGCAAGCUGCUGGAGACCAAGUUGAUAACUUGACUGUGUGGACUUCAACGUUGAUCAGAACCCAGCAAACUGCACAGUUUUUGCAGCAGGACAAAUUACAAUGGAAGGCGUUGGAUGAGUUGGACGCAGGAGCAUGUGAUGGACUAACGUAUGAAGAGAUUGAAAAGCAAUUCCCACAGGACUUCAAAGAGCGUGAUGAAAACAAGUACGAAUACCGCUAUAGAGGUGGUGAGUCCUACAGAGACGUUGUCAUUAGACUAGAGCCGAUAAUCAUGGAGUUGGAACGCCAAGAGAACAUCUUGAUCAUUACCCACCAAGCCGUGUUAAGAUGCAUCUAUGCGUACUUCAUGAAUGUACCUCAGGAAGAGUCCCCGUGGAUGUCAAUUCCAUUGCACACUUUGAUUAAAUUGGAACCAAGAGCUUAUCAGACGAUUGUUCAAAGGAUCAAAGCAGAUAUCCCAGCUGUGAGUACCUACAAAGAAAAGGGUACCAGUCAGUUGGGUGAAAGCCACGCCAGUGGAAACAGCUCUAAGAACUUGAUCACAGGAGCUCCUAUUGAUAAGAAAGAUGGGUGAACACUAUUUCAGUGUCAAGUUAUGGAGAGCACUAUCAUACUAUAAUUAUCAAUUUGGAAAUGAUCCAAUGACUUUGCAGUACAUAACAGAAAUUAAACAAGAGAAAAAAAGCCAGUUUUUAAUAAACAUUUGUGCAGA